UAUUAAUGGCAAAGCUGUUGCACUUUGAGGCAGUUCUCUUCAGUUCUCUCUCUCAGUUUGGAUCACUGCAUCUGAGACCAUGAAACUGGUGUACGUGUACUGUUCUCUGCUGAUAGCCAUCUGGCAGGGGGUAGAGGCUUCUGGUAGUGGCCCUUCUGGGGUUCUAGAUAGGGUGUCAGGAGGUUCCAGCUGCUCCCAGGUGAGACUAAAGCCAGCUGGGCAGUGUGAAGAUGACGAGGAGUGCCCGUACCAGAUCACAAUGCCACCGAUGACCAUCCAGCUUCCCAAACAAUUCCGACUCCUGGAGAAGACCAUGAAGGAGCUGCAAAGCUUGAAGGAGACAGUAAACAGGUUGAAGAGCUCCUGUCUGGAGUGCAGCUUGCAGCAAGCGGACCUCAACUUGCAGAAAGACAGCGGAGACCCUCCGACAAACAGUGCAGAGCAGAGUCGAGGGGAUAUCAGCACGAAAGUCUAUCGGAAUGGGAACAGCAGUGAUAAUGAGAUUGUACAAAACAUGCAGGUGAAGAUGAAUCGCAUGUCUAUCAGUCUCAAGAAUGCACGAGCGCAGAUUAACACUCUUCAGGGUCGUCUGGAGGAUCUUAACCUUCUCAAUCUCCAAAAUGUGGAGGAUAUAGUGGACAGAAAAGUUGAGAACAUUACCGGGGUUGUCAACAAAAUCAGUAGCACCUGCACACACUGUCCAGGUCACCGAGAAGAACACCAGUUUCAGCACCUCACAAGUAUCAUCCCCAGAGACUGCUCUGAAAUCAGCAUGCUGGGCUGGAGGAACAACGGGGUGUACAAGGUGUCCCCUGACCCUAGAAAUAGUAGCUUUGAGGUGUACUGUGAAAUGGGGGAAUACGGCGGUGGAUGGACUGUCUUUCAGCGUCGCAUAAAUGGCAGCGUGAGUUUCAACCGCACCUGGGCUGAGUACAAGAAGGGCUUUGGUGACCCUAAAGGCGAGUUCUGGCUUGGCAAUGACAAAAUCCACCUGCUCACCAAAGCCAAGGACAUGAUCCUGCGCAUUGAGCUCGAAGACUUUGAGGGCACACGUGGGUAUGCCAAGUACGAGCAGUUCUACAUAUCCAAUGAGUACCUCAAUUAUCGGCUGUCUUUAAGCGGGUACUCGGGGACUGCUGGAAAUGCUAUGCAGUUUAGCAAACACUUCAACCAUGAUCAGAAGUUCUUCACUGCGCCGGACAAGGACAAUGACAUGUACCCCUCAGGGAACUGUGGGGCGUACUACGGAUCGGGAUGGUGGUUUGAUGCCUGCAUGUCAGCAAACCUCAAUGGCAAAUACUACAAAACAAAGUACAAAGGGAAGAGGGAUGGGAUCUACUGGGGCACGUGGCACAACCUGACUUCUGAGUACUAUCCGACAAACUACAGACAAACUUUUAAAAAUGUCAAAAUGAUGAUAAGGCCAAAGAAUUACGCACCCUAAGCUAAAUGAAGUAUAAAUGAACAAUUAUUUUUUGGGGCAGUUAUGCACUUUUCCUCAAGAGCAACUUAUAUAACUUCUGACUCAUUACAAAUCCUCACACGUUAACAGAACUGCAUUUAAAAUGAGUGAAUCUGUAUUUGCAAAGCACAUAAAAAUGCUAUCCAUCAUCUAGUCUAAAUAUACCAGGUUUUGAGUUAUGUUUCAUGUUUUUGUGUAUGUGCUACUGCCUUCUAGUGUUUAACUGGUUUACUACACCAUCCUGUUUUUAGACUCCUGAUCAAGUGACUCCUUUUUUUCUUUGCUGACUUAUUUAGUGGGACACACUGAAUAGCUUUUUAAAAUGGUUAAACCAUCCAUGAUUUGCUGGUGGAAUUUUCUUUUUUCAUAUUUACUGAAAGUUACUUUUUUAGGUUAGAUGUUUUAUACAGAUGGUCUAAAGCUAACAGACAUGGACUAAAGGCAGAUGAGGCUGAUAAAAAGAAAAUAUACUGCACUACCAGUCAAAAGUUUUUGAACAGUAAGAUUUCCAGAUCUCUUCUGCUCACCAACCUGCAUUUGUUUGAUCAAAAGUACAGCAAAAGCAGUAAUAUUAAAUAUUUUUUACUAUUUGAAACAAAUGCUUUCUAUUUUAAUAUAUUUUAAAAUGUAAUUCAUUCCUGUCAAAAACAGCUACAUUUUCAACAUCAUUCAGUCUUCAGUGUCAUAUGAUCCUUCAGAAAUCAUCCUAAUUUGCUGAUUUGCUGUUCAAGAAACAUUUUACUAUUAUCAAUAUUUAAAACAGUUGAGUAAAUUUUUUUUCAAGAUUAUUUGAUGAACAGAAAGAUCCAAAGAUCAGCAUUUAUCUGAAAUAAAAAGCUUUUGUAAUAUUAUACACUAUACCAUUCAAAACCUUGAAACUGAUAGAAAUUAAUAAUAGAAAUGAUAGAAAUUUAUAGAAAUUAAUGCUUUCAUUUAGCAAGGAUACUAAAUGCUAUCCUGAUGCUAAAAUGUGGUGAUAAAGAUAUUUAUAAUGUUACAAAAGAUUUCUAUUUCUGAUAAAUGCUGUUUUUCUGAACUUUCUAUUCAUUAAAGAAACCUGAAAAAAAAUCUACUCAGCUGUUUUCAACAUAAUAAUAAUACUAAAUGUUUUUUUGAGCAGCAAAUCAAAAUAUUAGAAUGAUUUCUGAAGGAUCAUGUGACUGGAGCAAUGACGCUAAAAAUUCAGCUUUGAAAUCACAGGAAUAAAUUUCAUUUUAAAAUAUAUUCAAACAGAAAACAGUUAUUUUAAAUAGUACAAAUAUUUCACAAUAUUACUAAUUUUGCUGUAUUUUGGACCAAAAUCUUACUGUUUGAAAACUUUUAACUAGUAAUGCAUAUGUGACAUUCAAGGACUAAAUGUACAGUAUUUAUUUUGAAAGCAUGGGAAAGCAUUUAAGUGUUGCUGUGUGACUAGACCUUGAUUUUGUUUCCUUAACAGUCAAAAAUAAGUUUAGGGUUUUUUUUCUAAUCAUUAUUAGCCUCUAUUUGUAUAUUGGAGAAAUAAUAUCAAACACCUCGAUUUGUGCUUUUAAAGAUACAUCCAUAUUUUUAUAAAACAAAUAAAAGCAUCUAAAUGUUAA